AUGCAUUAUCAUCUAAGAAUUAAUAAUAAUGCUGAAGGGUGGAAAAUACUAAUUACUCCGAUAGCUGCAUUUCUAGGAAUAAAAUCCGCUAGAUUGCGCAUGCAUAUUGCUGCGCUAAUUAUUUCAGCUAGAUUGGAUGGCCAUACUGCUGCGCUAAUUAUUUCAGCUAGGUUGGACGAGAGAAAAGGGGGGAGUAAAGCAGAGAAUUCCGUAGGAGAUGAUAAAUCUGAAACAUCAGAUCAUCAUCGAUCUGAUAACAGUAAGGUUAGCCUGCUUUCCGCUACUUUCCACCAUUUGUUGCAUUUCCCUUCUUCGUGA